UUCAACCGUGUCCUCCACCUUACCGUUCGUUCCAUGUCAACCAAUUCCCGCUUGCAGGCAUCCAUUUUGGGAACCAUCUUUGACAAGUGCAUGUCGAAAGGUCAAAGAUGCGCAUCUGCAGCCUGCGACGGCCGCUAUGGCAUCGUCGCCCAGUCAUAUCAGUAGGCUGGUUAAACGUGAGGAAGUCAUUGACAACGGAAUCGGGCCUUAGACAGAUAGGACCCCUUUCCGAAUAUUUUCGCCUGGUCUCCGAAAAGCGACUACGUCCAGAUGAAGACCAGAUGCGUACAAUUGUUGAGCUUCAACGACUUUGUGAGGAUCUCCUUGAUUAUGAACCACCCGAACUUUCAGACCUGAGUGAGCAGUCACCAGUCACGCUUCUUGCCAGAUCUGCCAUCGUAACGCCUAAUGAUGAGAGCCGGGAUGUGGUGCGCUUAGCUGACGAAGAGGAGGUACACGGACCCAAAGGACUAUGGAUACAUGGGGAGGUUGGCACGGGAAAGACCAUGGCAAUGGACCUCUUCUAUGAGUCGGUACCUAUACAAAGAAAAAAACGAGUGCAUUUUAAUGCCUUUACGGUGUCAGCCUUUGCCCGUAUUCAUGAGUGGAACAAGCGGUCUCGUCCAAACAACCUCCAUGUCACCGAGCUUGUUGCUCGCGAUUUAUUCCGCGAUUCGUGGCUUUUGUGCUUUGAUGAAUUCCAAAUUACGGACGUAGCAACGGCAUCUGUCAUGCGUCAAGUCUUCAAGAACAUGUUCAAACUGGGAGCGGUGAUGGUUGCCACAUCCAACAGAGCUCCAGAAGACCUGUACAAGGGUGGUUUUCACCGCGAGUAUCACAGUCCUUUUGUGGAUCUACUGAAGGAGAGAUGCGAGAUUUUGCAUUUAAGAGGCAAAGUGGAUUACAGAUCAGAAAUGUUGAAAGAACAUCCCACACCCCGCACGGACGACACCUACUUUCGUUUAGACAAUCCCGCCGAGGUCGAUGCAUUUAUUGAGCGAGUGUCGAAUCUUUUCUAUGGCCAACAAAUAAAGCGUGACAAGCUCACGCUGUACGGGCGUGAGGUCAUAGUGCCAAAGGCAGCAGAUGGCAAGGCAUUGUACACAUUUGAGGAAUUAUGUGGAUCGGAAGGAAAGCCUCUGGGCCCAGCAGACUACCUUCUGAUAUGUCAACGUUACCACACCAUUGUUGUGCAAAGUGUUCCGCGAAUGGGCUUAGCCCAAAAGAACGAAGCGAGGCGAUUCAUCACCUUCAUAGAUGCGGCAUACGAAAACGGUGUCACAGUUAUAAUCUCCGCGGACCACUCACCAGAGUCACUUUUCCUUACCACGAAGGAUCCUGUUGACGAGGAAACCGCAGAUGCCUUUAUGCAUAAGGAAAUGCUGGGCGAUUUGAUGGGUUCCACCCGCCGAGGCACGGGAAUGAAGGAGGCAGGUGAAGACCGAUUGAGUGGUUUAGCUAUCUUCACUGGGGCGGAGGAACAGUUUGCUUUUAAGAGAGCAGUGAGUCGGUUGUUGGAGAUGAGGAGUCAACUAUGGACCAGUAGAGUGCAUAGCCCUGUGAAGGUAGAUUUCUCACCGGCUGUGACUGGUCUGCCUGGGGAAUGCCAGCCUUCACCAACCCACCCAACGUCACUCCCCUCGGUUGGAAAUGUGACCUUAUCUCCAUAUUACGAUCCCCGUCAUGACAAAAUUCAAGGAGAUGACUUUGGGGACGAAGCAUCUUAUCGCGGUUACCUCAAGAUGUACCAGCGAUUUAACCCAGAUGAGGGGCCUGUAAAGCUGGACAGGGAAAGCCAGAAACCACGAUUUCCCGAUCGCCACUUUUGGGCAAUGGGAGACUGGGGUCCUAGGGCUGGAAAGUGGGGUCAAGGUGUGAGGGCAUUUUUUGGGGGUAAAAAGAGGGAGGGUAGCGAGGGUGAAGAGGGUAGAUGACGACAAAUACAAUUUCGCGUAGGACUAUUCGACUCUACUUAUAAAGGGUCCCGACAAUUUUGCGUAGGAAGGACUUUUGGGCUUUUACCAAAGGGUCCCGACAUCCAUAAAAGUUAUGAUUAAUGUAAUCCCAACGUUAGCUAAAAC